AUGGCUGAGCACCAACCUAGAGUUUCGUUUGGCUCAUCACCGAGCGGCGGCGGCGGCAGCAACACAGACAUUUACGGCUUCCCGCCCGAGAACUUCAGCACCGACGGCUUGCCCGAGUUCGACACAAAGUUCCUCAGCGAUGCCGACCUCGCCGCCUUCAUACAGGCCCUCCAGGCCCCCGACCCGUUGCAGUCUCCCGACGAAACCACGUCUCUCCGGCCCCCCGGCCUGAGGAGUAAUAGCUCGCUAGACGUCACGAAGCGAGGGUCCGUCUACGAGGAUGACAGGGAGGAUCCGUCGGCUGUCGCAGCCGCGGCGGCUGCUGCUGCCGGCGACGUCACGGCCCCGGGUCCGGGGAUGCUGAAUCACACUCAUACCAACGGCGGCGGCGGCGCUUACAACAACGGCUCGGCGACGCAGUCCAACAUGUUCAUCACGGCGCAGAACGACUGGGCGCCCGUCAACCAAAAGAUAUCAAAGAGGGGGUCUCGCCGGAGGAGGAACCGGGCCAAGGGGGCGGCCGAGGCGCUCCUGGGCACCAGGACAAAAGACGAGACGCGGGAGGGCAUCUUUUACGCACUCCUCAAGUGGCCGAUGCUCUUCUUCGUCGGCGCCUGGCUCGCGGGUCUGGCGCUCACGUACCUGUACACGCGGCUGUACAUCUGGGUAUACGAGCACUUUGUCACCUGGCGCGGCACCCGGGAGAGGCUGCGGCGGAGCAUGCGCCGGACAAACAACUACCGCGACUGGGUCGUCGCGGCUAAGGAGCUGGAUAGCUACCUCGACCGGCAGCGGUGGAAGGAGGAGAACGAUUUCGCCUACUACGACUCCAAGACGGUCAAGAGGGUGUGGGACCAGAUGCGCAAGUGCAGGCAGAGGGCCGAGGCGGCGGAGAACGGGGAGACGGACGACGAGGGGGCGCAGCCGGACGCCAAGGGGUCGACGGGGAAGCCUGCUGUUGAGGAGCUUCAUGCAUUGCUCUCGGCGUGCGUGAAGAGCAACUUUGUUGGUGUUGAGAAUCCCAGGUUGUACAGCCAGACGUACUAUGGCACCAAAAACCUGGUGCAGAACUUUAUUGACGAAGUCGAGAGGAGCAUCAAGUUUAUCCUGAGCACGAAGCAACUGUCGAUGGAGGAGAAGCGUUCCAUCUUCAAGGGCAUGCACGCAAACUACGGACGGACGGCCCUCUGCCUCUCGGGAGGCGCAUCCUUUGCCUACUACCACUUUGGUGUCAUCAAGGCCCUCCUCGAGGCGGACUUGCUUCCGGACGUAAUCACCGGCACCAGCGGUGGGGCUCUGGUCGCGGCUCUCGUGGCCACACGGACGGACGACGAGCUGAGGCAGCUCCUCGUGCCGGCGCUCGCGCACCGCAUCACGGCGUGCCGCGAGACCUUCUGGACGUGGAUCCCGCGGUGGUGGAAGACGGGCGCCCGCUUCGACUCGGUCGACUGGGCGAAGCAGUGCAGCUGGUGGACCCGGGGUUCCAUGACCUUCCGAGAGGCGUACGAGCGGACGGGCCGCAUCCUCAACGUCUCGUGCGUCCCUGCUGACCCGCACUCACCCACCAUCCUCUGCAACUACCUCACCAGCCCGGACUGCGUCAUCUGGUCCGCCGUGCUGGCGUCCGCCGCCGUGCCGGGUAUCCUCAACCCCGUCGUGCUGAUGAUGAAGCAGCGCGACGGGACGCUGGUCCCUUAUUCAUUUGGACACAAGUGGAAGGACGGCAGCCUGCGGACCGAUAUCCCCAUCAAGGCCUUGAAUCUGCACUUCAACGUAAACUUCACCGUCGUCAGCCAGGUCAACCCGCACAUCAACCUCUUCUUCUUCUCCUCGCGCGGCUCCGUUGGACACCCCGUCACGCACCGCAAGGGCAAAGGCUGGCGCGGCGGGUACGUCAUGUCGGCGGUGGAGCACUACCUCAAGCUGGACAUGACGAAAUGGCUCAAGUUCAUCCGUCACGCCGAGUUACUCCCCCGUCCGUUGGGCCAGGACUGGUCGCAGCUUUUCUUGCAGACGUUUAGCGGUACCAUAACCGUGUGGCCCAAGACUGUGCCUUCGGACUUUGUGCAUAUCCUCUCGGACCCGGACCCGCCGCGGUUGGCGCGCAUGAUUCACGAGGGCCAGCAGCGCGGGUACCCUAUUUUGAAAUUUGUUGGGAAUAGGCUCAAAAUUGAGAGGUUGAUUGAGCAGGGGAGGCGGGAGACGAGGCCUUGGAUCCGGAGGGGUAGUAUUGAGACGAUUCUCAGUGAGGAUGAUCUUAGGAGUUUGCUUAUUUCUGGGAAUACGGAUAUCGAGGAUGAGACUACGGAUGCGGAGGGGGAGACGUUGUUGGAGAAUGAGGAGAAUGAGGAGGCUGUUGUUGAUGACGAGGGGGAAUAUGAGGAGGACGAGUAUGAGGAUGGGGAGGGUGAGUAUGAGGAUGAAGAUGAGGAUGAAGAUGGGGAGGGCGAGGAGUACAGGGGGGAGGGAAAGAUGAAUUAG